AUGAGCGUCCUCAGGCCAUUCAAAGCGAAUGAUCUAUUCAGGUUUAACAACAUGCAAUACGGUAUUCCCUUCUACCUAACUUACCUUCAAAGGUGGUCGGACCUCUGUUUCACUCAAGAAAGCCCAGGAGGCAGAUUACAAGGCUACAUUCUUGGCAAGGCUGAAGGGGUUCAGACAGAAUGGCAUGGUCACAUCACAGCCGUCUCCGUUGCUCCAGAGUACCGUCGUCUCUCUCUAGCACGAAACAUGUGCCAGCGUCUCGAAUUCGCCUCGGAUGCGACAUACAAAGGGUACUUUGUGGAUCUUUAUGUGCGCUGCAACAAUGCACUAGCCAUCAAAAUGUACGAGGGUAUGGGAUAUAGCGUGUACAGACGAGUAAGAGAAUACUACGGUAAUCUUGGGGUAGGAAAAGAUGGACGAGAUGAGGAGGACGCGUUUGAUAUGCGAAAAUGUCUGUCACGCGACAUGGCACAACGAUCUAUACGGUCCAAUGGUCGAGAUAUGAUAGUCAGCGCUCAUGAUGUCUCGUAA